UGCUCUUCCUCUUCCCCUGGUCCUUCUGCGAUCUCCUCGCGAGCUCCCUGGAUAGGCAGUCAGCAUGGUCGCGUCCCGCAACUUCUUCGCCGCCCUCUCUGCGUUCUUCGCGUCUGCGACCCUCGCUGCCGCGGACGCGAACGUGCUCGACGUGCGCGCGGCAGACCCCUGCGCGGCCAUCGCAGGCAAGACGUGGGUCGCGCCGAAGGACGUGCGCGCGUGCUACACGCACUUCAAAGUGGACCCUGCCAUCAAGGCGAACACCAUCGAAGUCGUGAACAAGACGCUCGCGUUCCACACGUCCGUGAACUACGAGAAGCUCGCGCCGGCCCCGUUCACCUCGGACGUGCACGAGGACUUGCUGGCGGACCUGGCGCGCAUCAGCCACCAGUCGUACGCAAACGAGCUUGAGCUGCAUGUCGACCUCUCGCGCACGCUCAAGCGUCUCAACGACGGUCAUUGCGUUUACAUCAACGAGUGCUUCGACUCCCUCUUUUUGACCUUCCUACCCACCCCUUUGGUUUUCCUUACCGACGCUGCUGGACAUCAGAGCGUCCACAUUGCCCCUGAGGCUUUCGACGUCGCCACGGCCGAGUUCAAGGACGAGGUCGCCGUCUGGCAGAACGCCCUCCCGGGCGCGCUCAAGGGCAAGCUCGCUUCGCUUUCAGGCGCGAAGGUGCUCGCGAUCAACGGCCUUAGCCCUCUUAUCGCCGUCGACGAGAACGCAAAGAUCACGGGCAGCUUCCAGGGUCUCGGCACACGCCAGAACUCGUUCUUCUCGAGCUACAACAGUGCCGCAACGGGAUGGACCUACAUCUUGGGCAACUUCGCUCAGCAGUCGCUCCCGCUGAACGACUUCGCUACGCUCACCAUCCAGCGCGUCAAUAGCAGCACCAUUGAGACCGUGACACUCCCCUACCGCUCGCGCAUCGGCGCCGCAGCCGUGCCAUGGACGGACGCGACUUCCUUCCACCAGAACAACUGCGUCGCGAUCCCAGGCACGAACGGCGAGGACCUCAACGAGAACGGCGGGUCUGCGCGGCGCCGUGCGCUGCCCGAGAACCCCGCGAACAAGUUCCGCCAGGCGCCGAUCCCGGAAGGGGUCACCGGCCGCAAGUACCAUCUGAACGUCAUCCUCGACAGCGCGCCGCAGCAGGACGUCGUGCUGCCGCCGACGCUGACCCCGGCGAACCCGCUGUCGGGCAGCUCGGGCAUUGCGCAGUUCUUCUUGCUCGAUGACAACAAGACUGGCGUGCUCGCGCUUGGUAGCUUCUCAGCGGCGAGCUUCACGGCGCUGGGCGACUCCCUCCUUACGGGUCUGCAGAACCUGAAGGAGCAGGGCGCGACCCAGCUCGUCGUCGAUGUGUCGAACAACGGUGGUGGAUUCAUCUGUGUUGCUCAUUGGCUACACCGCAUCAUCGCAGGCCCCAAGUCUACAACUGAGCCUCAAGCCGGUCUUAACACUGAGGCGCGCGACCCCCCACUCGCGCAACUCAUCGUCAAGAACAUCAUCGCCGGUGCGGAUCCCGAAGGCCAGCUCCUCUACAACCCGAUCAACUGGCGGGACGCGAACAACACACCCUUCGCCGCGGGGACCGACUGGCUGCAGCCUCCGGUCAAGAAGGUGAUCAACGGCCGCCAGGAUGCAUUCUCCCAGCAACUCGGUGACGAGUGCCAGCCGUUCGACUUCACUCAGGACGCCCCAGCCGAGGCGCUCUUUGACCCUAAGAAGGUCGCGAUUGUGAGCAACGGUCGGUGCGCAAGCUCGUGCUCUCUGUUCUCGAUCACGAUGGCGAAGGAAGAGGGCUCGAAGACGGUCGUGUACGGCGGCCGGAAGGGCGUGCAGCAGCAGUACUGCGGCACGGUUGGCGGACAAUCCACGGAUUACUCCACGAUCGACACCGAGAUCAAGACUGCCCAGCUGAAGAACAACACGCUCGCGCCACCAGACUUUGUGACCAACAGCGUCCAGGGUAUCACCUGGAGGCUCGGGUUCGGUGUCGAUGAUCCCACGCAGCCCGAAGAAUGGCAGAACCACCCCGCCGAUGUCAACCUUCCACUCACUGCCGACAUUGUUAACAAGCCGGUCGCGAUCUGGACACAGAUCGCCAAGAAUGUACUGCAAUGAAAUGUAGGAUUCAAUAUACCCGGGAUCACGUAGGACGGAAAAUCAUAAUGUAGCAGUUCACGGCGUCAGCGAAACGCAUUCUACCUGGGAUGAACAUCGAGAAGGGACCGACUAACCCCAGCUAGUACCCUAUACAAAGAGAUUGACGUACCAAGCAGCUCUCCAUAGUAUUC